UCCAGGCAGGGCAGAAGGUGAUGACCUUUCUGUCUUUAUCUUGUAGCUGAUGUCUCCCUGCAGCCUCAUGCACGGCCUCCAUGCAGGGAGCCAAUCGCACGGUGGUGACUGAAUUCAUCCUGGUCGGUUUCUCCACCUUCCCUCACCUUCAGCUGAUGUUCUUCCUCCUGUUCCUGCUGAUGUACCUGUUCACGCUGCUGGGCAACCUGCUCAUCAUGGCCACCAUCGGGAGCGAGCGCAGCCUCCACACGCCCAUGUACCUCUUCCUGUGCGCCCUCUCCGUCUCCGAGAUCCUCUAUACUGUGGCCAUCAUCCCGCGCAUGCUGGCCGACCUGCUCUCCGCCCACCACUCCAUCAGCCUCCUGGCCUGUGCCAGCCAGAUGUUCUUCUCUUUCACAUUUGGCUUCACCCACUCCUUCCUGCUCACGGUCAUGGGCCACGACCGCUACGUGGCCAUCUGCCACCCCCUGCGCUACAACGUGCUCAUGAACCCCCGGGGCUGCGCUUGUCUGGUGGGCUGGUCCUGGGCUGGUGGCUCGGUCAUGGGACUGGUGGUGACCACAGCCAUUUUCCAGCUCACCUUCUGUGGACCCAGUGAGAUCCACCAUUUUGCUUGCCACGUGCCACCUCUGUUGAAGUUGGCCUGUGGAGAUGAGGUUCCACUGGUGGCUAAGGGUAUGGGCCUGGUGUGCAUCAUGGCUCUACUGGGCUGCUUUCUCCUCAUCCUCCUCUCCUACGCCUUCAUUGUGGCCACCAUCCUGAAGAUCCCGUCUGCUGAAGGUCGACACAAGGCCUUCUCCACUUGUGCAUCCCACCUCACAGUGGUGGUUGUGCACUAUGGCUUUGCCUCUGUCAUCUACCUCAAACCCAAAGGUCCCCAGUCUCUGGAGGGAGACACCUUGAUGGGCAUCACAUACACAGUCCUCACACCCUUCCUCAGCCCCAUCAUCUUCAGCCUCAGGAAUAAGGAGCUGAAGAAUGCCAUGAAGAAGACUUUCUUCAGCAAACUGUACCCAGAAAAAAUGUAAUGAUCUGAGAGAAAUUCCUUGGGAACGACCAGUUUGGAUUACCAAAUGCUACUGU